UAAACACUCAAUCAUUCAUCCAUUUCUCCCUAUAAAUUCAUCCCAUUUCCCACCACUCCCACCCCUCCAGCUUCAUCCCCAUUUUCUUACAAUGGCAGAAGAGUUCGACGAAUCCGAGGUUGUGUUUAGCUUUUGCGACGAGGUCGGCGGCGGCGGCGGCGAUUUCCAGUUGAAUUCGAAGGAAUUCAAGAGGAAGAAGAUGAAGACGAGUGUGAAGAAGCAGAAGUCGACGGUUCCGGUGAGUAUCCCGGAGAACGUGUCGUGGCUGCGGUACGCGGACCCCGAUUUGGAAGACUGCGGCGGCGGAGAGAUGGUGCCGCCGCACGUAAUCGUGGGGCGGCGCGUGGCCGGGAAGAUGAUGGCCUUCUCCGUUUGUACGGGAAACGGGAGGACUCUCAAGGGACGGGAUUUGAGCCAAGUCCGUAAUUCCAUUCUCCGCCUCACCGGCUUUCUCGAAACGUGACGAUUGAGAAUUUAAAUUAAUUCAUUUAAAUUUUAUGUUUUUUUUAUUGUUUUUGGGAUCCAUUCUUGUCAGAAAUUAGACGUUGAUUAUAGUGAUUGUCGGGAUUUCCAAGAAUUGUGUCCGUUUGUUGUAAGAAAAAUGGAAGAAGGAAAAAUAUUGAAAAUGAAAUACAAGGGAUGGGAUACCCUGAUGUGGUGGGGAGCACAGCAGGAGAUGCUGCCUCUCACAGCAAAUUUUUUAAUAAUAAAUUUGUAUUAUUAAAAAAA